AAAUCUUUUACACAAAGUCUCUGUCUUUGAAAUAUUUGUUUGGAGAGGACAAAAGAUGGAGAAGAGCAGAAGAACAGAACAAGUUGAUUUAUUGCAGAGGUUGAAAAAAUUGACAGUUUCUUUGGUUUGUUGUCUUCCAUUGUCUCUUCUAGGUCUUCUUCUCAUGCUUCUCUUAAUCUACAACAGCUUCUCUGCCUUCUCCCUUCAUCUUGAUCCAAUCCCACCCAAAUCCACUCUUUCACUCAAUUAUAACCACCACCAGGUUCUUCAUCAUCAUCCAUCAUUAUCAUCGUCAUCAACAUCGUCAAGGUCAACUUUAACAUCAUCAUCUAAGUCAGAUUCUUCAUUGUUGCUUGCGGUGAAAGAAACCUCUUUAGGGCUCGUACAAAAGCAGAAAGUUUCGCCAAUAAAGACAGAGAGAAGGACAAGAAGACGGAAGAGAAGAAACGGGUUAACACCCGCGAUGACACAGAAGCCACAAGGCAAAUCAAGACAGAAAUUCAAGACGAGGAUCAGGUCAUUCUUGUCUGAAUCCUCAUGCGAGUCCCUUUUCUUCAUGAUCUGGAUCUGCUCCUUAGAAUCUUUUGGUGAAAGAGAACGGUUCACAAUAGAGAGUCUCUUCAAGUCUCACCCAAAUAGCUGUCUGAUCCUGGUCUCAAACUCACUUGACUGUGAGAGAGGAACACUCAUCUUGAAACCCUUUACAGAUAAAGGGUUUAAAGUGCUUGCGAUCAAACCAGACUUCACUUACAUUUUCAAAGACACGUCAGCAGAGAAAUGGUUUGAAAGACUGAAAAAAGGAAUGUUCAGUCCAGGAGUGAUUCCAUUAGAGCAGAACCUCUCUAACAUUCUAAGACUAGUCUUGCUCUACAAGUUCGGAGGGAUCUACUUAGACACAGAUGUUAUAAUACUCAAACCUCUCACCAGUCUCCACAACGUAAUCGGAGCACAAACGGUUGAUCCGGUUACAAGAAAAUGGAGCAGGCUCAACAACGCGGUGCUCAUCUUCGACAAGAACCAUCCUUUGCUUAAAAGCUUCAUCGACGAGUUCUCAAGAACCUUCAACGGUAACAAAUGGGGUCACAACGGUCCAUACUUAGUGUCAAGAGUGGUUGCAAGAUUCAACGUUUCUAACUGUUCGUCGGAUAUGGGAUUCUCUGUUCUUCCACCGUCUUCGUUUUAUCCGGUGGAUUGGACUAGGAUCAGUGGAUUUUACAGAGCGUCCGUGAAUGGGAGGGAGGCAAAUUGGUCACGUAAGAGACUUAUGCAUUUACGUAAACAUAGCUUAUCUGUUCAUCUUUGGAACAGAGAGAGUAAGAGUUUUAGGAUUGAAGAAGGAAGCAUCAUUCAAAAACUCAUGUCUGAUUCUUGUAUCUUCUGUAACUCUUCAUUUUUACAUUAGUUUUUUUUUUGUCACAACAUUUUUACAUUAGUAAAACAAGAACAUGCAAAGUAAAUUUCCCACAAGAGAGAGAGAUAUAGACAAAAGAACAAAUAUAUCUGCAUGAUGUGAACAUACAAAUUUGCUGUUCUAUCUGCCACUUUUGAGGAGCCCUACAAAACAAGCAAUGUGUUACGUGUUAUUUGUAGAUCCGAAGUUUGUUUCUUCUAAUUAUUUAUGGCAAAUUUUAGGGUUAAAUCCGUCCUUUUUGUUUUGCUUAUCACAAACGCAACACAUAAGGUCAGAUAUCCAAAUGCAACUGCAGUGCUCAGUAUUAGAGCAUGCUGGCUUCAGCCAAUCCUAUUCUAUUCGCAUACCAACUUAGGCCCUGUUCGUUUGUACAUUUGGAAGAUGCAUCCAGAUGGUCCAUCUAGAUGUCUUAUCCAGAUGUUCCAUCUGAGUGUUGUUCGUUUCUUCAUUUCGUCCAUGCAUCCAGAUGAAUCAUCUGAAUGCAACUAUGUUCGUUUGCUUUUCAUUUUUUAAUUUCCAUCUGCAUCCAGAUAGACUUGUUAAUAAAAUGACUAAAAUAUAAUUUUUUACGUUUCGGCGGAAAAAUAGCAUUUUUACGGUUUUGGCCGAAAAUAUUUUUGCGGUUUUUGAG